GCGAGACCCACUGGCCGGGAGCAAAGCGCACGGCCGGGUGGGCUGAGGGGCGGCGGCGGCCCCAGAGCAGCGGAAGUUUUGGCGACCGCUGGCACUACUACGAUCGGGAGCCAGGCUGAAGCUCGGAGGACCAGCGAGCGGGCGGACCGGUUUACGGACGCCCGUGGGCCCGCUGCCACCAUCUCGCGUCCUCUUGCCUGGAAAAGCAUUUAAGCUUUUAAAAUGUCAUCUAUCAAGCACUUAGUUUAUGCAGUUAUUCGUUUCUUACGGGAACAAAGUCAGAUGGAUGCUUAUACUUCGGAUGAACAAGAAAGUUUGGAAGUUGCAAUUCAGUGCUUGGAGACAGUUUUUAAAAUCAGCCCAGAAGAUACUCAUCUUGCAGUUUCACAGCCUUUGACAGAAAUGUUCAGCAAUUCCUUCUGUAAGAAUGAUAUUUUGCCUCUCUCAAACUCAGUGCCUGAAGACGUGGGAAAAGCUGACCAAUUAAAAGAUGAAGGCAAUAACCACAUGAAAGAAGAAAAUUAUGCUGCUGCCGUGGAUUGUUACACACAGGCCAUAGAACUGGAUCCAAAUAAUGCAGUUUAUUAUUGCAACAGGGCUGCUGCUCAGAGUAAAUUAGGUCACUACACAGAUGCAAUAAAGGAUUGUGAGAAGGCAAUAGCAAUCGAUUCAAAGUACAGCAAGGCCUAUGGGAGAAUGGGACUGGCCCUCACUGCCAUAAAUAAAUUCGAAGAAGCAGUUACAAGUUAUCAAAAGGCAUUAGAUCUUGACCCUGAAAAUGAUUCUUACAAGUCAAAUCUGAAAAUAGCAGAACAGAAGUUAAGAGAGGUAUCUAGUCCUACAGGAACUGGAUUGAGCUUUGACAUGGCUAGCUUAAUAAAUAAUCCAGCCUUCAUUAGUAUGGCAGCAAGUUUAAUGCAGAAUCCUCAAGUUCAGCAGCUAAUGUCAGGAAUGAUGACAAAUGCCAUUGGGGGACCUGCUGCUGGAGUUGGAGGCCUAACUGACCUGUCUAGCCUCAUCCAAGCGGGACAGCAGUUUGCUCAGCAGAUACAGCAACAGAAUCCUGAACUUAUAGAGCAACUUAGAAAUCACAUCCGGAGCAGAUCAUUCAGCAGCAGUACUGAAGAACAUUCCUGACUUGACCAGGGACCCUAGCCCAGAGCACAAAUGAUUAUGGCUCUUAAAUGUUUGCUGUAGAUAGUGGCCAAAACAAAGACACCUAAAGAAUCAAUCUGUCUAGAUGAUAGGUUUAUCAUAAACAGACUUGAACAUGACUCCUUUGUAAACAAAUGAUCAUUAGCCCUGUUGAGUGCCAGUAUAGUACUGAACAGGGUUCCAUUUUCAAAUCAAAUCAUCAUCAUCAUAUUUGUAUAUUAGACCUAAUAGCAGAGUAUAUUUAUUGAACAGUAGCGCUGUGUAUUGGCAAGUUCUCUAGCUCCAAAUUCCCUUAAGCAGACUUUUUUGAAAGAUGGGGAUGACCAAGAGGAAAGGUUUCUCAUGCUGAUUCAGGAGAAAUAUACAGCCAUGGAGCAGCAUGUUUGGAGAGAAGAAAUUUGUUGCCUAGUUUUAGCUCUGAUAGUGCUAUCAGUACUGAAUAUCACAGGGGCCAGUACUGUCCUUAAUGCUGCUUGCUCUGAUGCGGAACAAGGAAUACUAAGAGCUGGUGAGAAGCAGCAUUUGGUGCAAGGGUUGUUUUGAAAUGAAAAAUAGAUGCUGUGAAUGUACAGAAGGUGAAAGUAGGAUGUUCAGGUUGUUGCAUAGUUCUUAACCAAUCUUGCCUGCAGUUUGAUCUUGAUAACGUUAGCAUGGCCAAUUACUCUAAGUACAUAAUCAAAUACAUUUAGAAAUCCUUAAUGGUACUGGUUAGGUCCAUUGUAUAACUAUUCAAUUUAACUAGCACAAUUUCCCCAAUGGUGACCUUACCAUGGAAACUCUUAAAUAUAUUUACAUUUAAAUAAGCCAGUGGUUUGAUUCUCAAGUUAAGGAUUUUCUAAGUGGCAUUUAAUUAUGUGCCUAUAAAUACUGAUUUUUUAAAACUAUUUGAUGGCUUAUAAAAAGCUUCUAUCACUAACAUUGCUUGUUCAUAUAAACCUUUGCUAUAAUUUGGCUUGGCAUGUUGCUUUUAUGCUUCAUCUUAAUUUGAUGCAAUGUAAACAUAACAGGGGACUUAAAAUAUUUUAUGGACAUCAGAUCAUAGUAGUUAAUGAAGAGAUAUGGCAUUAAGUAUUAAUGGCAUGACUCUACAGUGAUGAGAGACCAUUUUAACUAGAAUUUUUGUUAAUUAUGAAAUUGGUAAAGUUGGGUGAACACAUAAUCAUUUCACAAGUGUUGUGAGAGAAAACUGAAAAAUUAAGUAAUAUAAAAUUAACUCAGUAAUACUCAUGAUGAUGAAGGCCUUACUAUAACUGUUCUCCUCAAAAGACUAAUAAUGUGGUAUCUACAAGGUUAAAAAUCAACUCUUCCUUUCUUUCCUCUUGUGAGAUUAGAACAAUGGUUCUGUAAUUUCACUGUAAGAAUUAAAAAUGCAGAUCCAGAGCCACACUUUCCAUUUUUAUUUAAUAGGUCCUAUAGUAAUGCCUAGGAAUCACCAUUUUAAACAGCAUCCUACACGGUUCUGAUGUAGGUCUAAGGACUCUAAUUUAGAGUAACGGUAAGUUAGAGAUUUCUCCUCAGACCAGCAAAUACCUCACUGCCUGUGCUCAGCUUACAGGGAAAACCCAUAGGAAUCUACAGUCUGGCCAGAGAAGAGCAGGACUUAAAUUUUAGGCCCUCUGAAUUCAAUAUCCUGUAUUCCAUUUAAACCAACUUUAUUGUUCAUGAGGUUAAAUUCAACUCCUAGUGUUCAAGCAUAAUACAGAAUGAAGUACUAACUAUUCACAUGAAAGGACUGUGCUGAAAACAAAAGUGAAACCUGAUCCACAAUUAAAAAUUAGCUACUCUUGGGGUACUUGGCUGGCUGAGUCCCUACAGCAUGUGACUCUUAAUCUCAGGAUCAUGAGUUCAAGCCCCACGUUGGGUAUAGAGCUUACUUAAUUAAAAAUAGCUACUCUUAUCCAGUGGUAAGACAAAGUUUCUAGCAAAACUAUCUUGAGUAUAUUAAAAUGCUUUUAGAUCAGUAAAACUGGUAAGCCUUUAGUUGACUAUGAAAAUCGAGAAAAUGCAAAUCAACAGUACCAAAAGUGAAAGAGGGGAUAUCACUGCAGCCCUCCAGACUUUAAAGGGUAAUCAGAAAAUACAGUGACCAACUCUAGGCCUAUAUAUUGGACAACUGAUAUUAAACACACAAAUUCCCUGUAAGAUAAAAGCUACCAAAGCUCAGUAAGGAAGUAGAUAAAUCCCCCAGCAGAGCAAGCUAUAGGCCCAGAUGAUUCCAAUGGUAAAUUUUGCCAAACACUUAA